AUGGGGCUAAGAGCGGCCAGCCUCUUCCUCCUCUGGCUGGCUCUUUCCUCUGCCAAUGAAAUAAAAAAAGGAAGGACAAGAAGCCAUGGCCACUAUGUCUGCAGCACCUGGGGAAACAACCAUUUCAAAACUUUUGAUGGAGAUGUCUACCAAUUCCCUGGCCUUUGCGAGUAUAAUUUUGUUUCCGACUGCCGAGAGGCUUACAAGGAAUUCUCUGUCCACAUCCAGCGUGCUCUCAACAGCAAGGGCCAUCCUGAGAUCCAGUAUAUUCUGGUGAAAAUCAAGGAUAUAAUGGUCUACCUCAAACCCAACCUGGUUGUCGUGGAUGGGCGGAUUGUGAAGACACCUUACUACACCUCUGGUGUCCUCAUUGAGAGCAAUGAAAUUUACACCAAGAUUUAUGCCAAAUUAGGCAUGUCUCUGAUGUGGAACCAGGAGGAUGCCCUGAUGGUGGAGCUGGAAAACAAAUUUAAUAACCACACCUGUGGUCUCUGUGGGGAUUACAAUGGCAUUCAAAUCUACAAUGAGUUCAUCAAGGGAGAUGCAAGCUACAACUCAAUUACAUAUGGGAAUAUGCAGAAGAUCAGCAAACCCAAUUCCAAAUGUGAAGAUCCAGAUGAAACUCAGGCUCUUCCAAGCUGUAAUGACCAUCGUGACGAGUGCCAGAGGCUGCUGACUUCCCCUGCAUUUGCUGAUUGCCGGCUGCGUCUUAAUUUGGAAAUGUACAUCCAAGCCUGCAUGCAGGACAAGUGUGCCUGCAAUGGGAAGGAUGACUCCUUCUGCCUCUGCAGCACCAUCUCCGAGUAUUCCCGCCAGUGCUCGCACGCAGGCGGCCGCCCGGGAGAAUGGAGGACACAGAGCUUCUGCCCCAAGACCUGUCCUGCUACCAUGGUCUACAGAGAAAGCAGCUCACCCUGCAUGGAUACUUGCUCACACUUGCAGGUCAGCAGCCUUUGUGAGGAGCACUACAUGGAUGGCUGUUUCUGCCCUGAAGGAACUGUGUAUGAUGAUAUCAGUGAAAAAGGCUGCAUCCCUGUUAGCCAGUGCCACUGCAAACUUGAUGGAAAGACGUAUGCACCUGGAGAAAGCAUUUCCAAAGAAUGUGAAGAAUGCACCUGUAAUUCAGGCAGAUGGACCUGCAAAGAUCUACCCUGUCCAGGUACAUGCUCAGUGCAAGGAGGUUCCCAUUUUACCACCUUUGAUGGGAAGAAAUACACCUUCCAUGGAGACUGCUACUAUGUGUUGGCCAAGGCUACUGCAAAUGAGAGUUAUGCUCUCCUGGCAGAAUUGACUUCCUGUGGCUCCACAGACAAACAGACCUGCUUGAAGAGUGUUGUGCUGUUAGUGGAUAACAAAAAGAAUGUGGUGGUUUUCAGAUCAGAUGGCAGCGUGCUCCUGAAUGAGAUGACAGUGAAUGUGCCUCAUGUGUCAGCCAGCUUCUCAGUAUUCAAACCGUCUUCCAACUACUUUGUUGUACAAACUCCUUUUGGGCUUCAGAUGCAGAUCCAGCUGUUUCGAGUCAUGCAGCUGUUUGUGACUGUGGAACAAUCACUUAAAGGAAAACUUCAAGGUCUUUGUGGAAACUUCAACGGAAUGGAAGGUGAUGACUUUAAAACAACCAGUGGGCUGGUUGAGGCUACAGGAUCUGCCUUUGCUAACACGUGGAAAGCUCAGUCCACCUGCACAGACCAGGUAGAAAAGCUGGAAGACCCCUGCAGUCUCAGCAUUGAAAGUGCAAAUUAUGCUGAACAUUGGUGCUCUUUGCUGAGAAAUCCAAAGGGUCCUUUUGCAAGAUGUCACAUUGCCAUUGAUCCUUCAGAAUACUAUAAGAAAUGUAAAUAUGACACCUGCCUCUGUGAAAACAGUGAAGAAUGUUUGUGUGCUGCCCUGUCCUCUUACUCAAGAGCCUGUGCUUUCAAAGGGAUCAUACUGGGAGACUGGAGAAAGACUGUCUGCAGCAGUGAAGCAUCAUCUUGCCCAGGAAAUCAGGUCUUCCUUUACAACCUUACAAUGUGCCAGCAAACCUGUCGCUCCAUUGCUGAUGGUGAAAAGUAUUGCUUGCAAGACUUUGCUCCUGUGGAUGGCUGUGGCUGCCCACCCAAUACAUACUUGGAUAACCAGGAUAACUGUGUGCCCGUCUCCCAGUGCCCAUGUUAUUACAAGGGAUCAUACCUGGAACCUGGGGAGUAUUUCUCAAAAGAUGGAGAACGCUGUGUUUGCCGAAAUGCAAAGAUCCAGUGCACUUCAGUGAAAAUAAGAAUGAAAAGUGAAAAAGAAUGUUCUUCUGGCAAGAGAUACUUUGACUGCAAUGCAUUCUCAAAGUGGACUUCACAAACACCUCUACAACUUAGCUGUCAUACUCCUCAAACCGAUCAUUUCCAGACAGAGUGUGUCUCAGGCUGUGUGUGCCCUGAAGGUCUAUUUGAUGAUGGCAGAGGGGGCUGUGUUAAGCAAAAAGAUUGCCCGUGCAUCCAUAACAAUGAGUGGUAUUCUUCUGGAGACAAGAUAAAAGUGGACUGCAACACCUGCACCUGCCAGAAAGGGGUUUGGAAAUGCACUGAUAAUGUGUGCUAUGGGACUUGUAUGAUAUAUGGAAGUGGCCAUUAUAACACUUUCGAUGGGAAAUUCUAUGACUUUGAUGGGAGCUGUGAAUAUGUGGCUACUCAGGACUUCUGCGGUGACAAAAAUUCCAGUGGCUCAUUCAGUAUCAUCACAGAGAAUGUCCCUUGUGGAACUACAGGAGUCACCUGCUCAAAGGCUAUCAAAAUGUUCCUAGGGAAAACUGAACUGAAAUUGGAGAACAAAGAGUACAAAGAAAUUCAGCGAGAUGUUGGUGAUGUUGUGCAGUAUUGGAACAGGACAGUCGGCCUGUACCUGGUUAUUGAGGCUAGCAAUGGUGUGAUGCUGAUCUGGGACAAGAAGACUACUGUUUUCAUCAAGCUGAGGCCUGAUUACAAGGGCAAAGUGUGUGGUCUGUGUGGCAACUUUGAUGACAAGGCAAACAAUGACUUUACAACGAGGAGUGGACUGCUGGACAAUAAUCCCCUGAAUUUUGGAAAUUCCUGGAAACAAUCUCCCAUGUGCCCAGAUGUCACACAAGAGAUUAAGCCCUGUGAUCUGAAACCACACCGGAAGUCUUGGGCAGAGAAAGAAUGCAGCAUCAUCCAGAGUGAAGUCUUCAAAAUUUGUCACUCCAAGGUGGACCCACUUCCUUACUAUGAGGCUUGUGUUCAUGAUGCCUGCUCCUGUGACAGCGGUGGGGACUGCGAGUGCUUCUGCUCUGCAGUUGCAGCGUAUGCCCAAGAGUGCAUCAAGGCUGAGGCCUGUGUUUUCUGGAGAACUCCUGAUAUCUGCCCGAUAUUCUGUGACUACUACAACCCUCGCAAUGAGUGUGACUGGCACUACGAGCCUUGUGGCAGUAAUAUCACAACCUGCAGGAUGAUCAAUAAUGUCAGCACCAACUUUACAGUACCACUGCUGGAAGGUUGCUACCCCAGAUGCCCUAAGGACAAGCCUAUUUAUAAUGAAGAGACAAAGCAAUGUGUGACUGAAGAUCAAUGUGGAUGCUAUCUCGAGGAUGGAACCCAUGUACCCCCUGGGCAAGAAGUACCCACAGAAGAGAACUGUACAAUAUGUGUCUGUGUCCCAUCAGGAUCCAUUGAGUGUAAACCAGUCCCAGGGUGUCCUUGUGUCAUCAAUGGAACAAGUUAUGAAGAGGGUGCUACUGUGGGAGUCGUACAGGAUGGCGACACAUGUACAAGAUACAUUUGUGCAGAAAAUGGCUCUGUAGUUCCUGGUGAAGUCUAUCCUUGUCCAACAUCUUCACCUACAACCAUUUCAACCUCCUCCCCUCACAGUACUCUUACCACCACCACCACCACCACCACCACAGUUUCCACAACAAGCCGUCCAGUCACUACAACUCCAUGCAUAGUCACAGAACUAAUCUGUGAUUGGACUGAGUGGUUUGAUGUCAGUAAACCUGAAGAAGGUGGUGGUGACUACGAAACAUAUGAUGAAAUAAGAAAACAUGGAAACAAAAUAUGUCCUGCUCCUGAAAAAAUUGAAUGCAGGGCUAAGGAUAAGCCGGAUGUGAGCUUAGAAGAACUUGGUCAGAAAGUAGACUGUAAUGUUAAAUAUGGGCUAAUCUGUAAAAAUGAUGAGCAAGAUGUAACUAUGUGGCCACUUUGCUAUAACUAUGAAAUCAGAGUAAACUGUUGUGAGUGGCAAGAAAUUCCUUGUGGGUCUACAAGUACACCUACUAUACCUUCAACUUCAACCACCACCCAGACAACAAUAAGCACCACCACUACAACCCGGACUCCAACAGAAAUGACCACCACGCCCACAGGCAUCCAUUCCACAACAUCCCCAUCUCCACCCACACCGAGCCCACCAAAAUCGACGACCACUACCUCUCCGACGGAGACUCCCACCACCACCAGCACACCGACAACAACAACCCCUUUUACUGGAUCAACAACACCCAUCUCAACUACUUCAAGCACAUCCUCACCGACACCAACAUACACCACCACCACACCAACUCCAGGUACUUCUCUGGACUGUUCUCUGAUGUGUUUCUUUGCUAUGGGAGAAAUGAAGGAACAGCAGGGCAGAUUUUCUUCCCUUUCUCCUCCUCCUUUGGCAUGUCAGUACAAGUGGAUGACAAUGGUUGUAGAUCUUAGAAACAAGGAUUACACUGUCACACCGAGCACAACAUCCCCUACAUCAGAAUGGACAACCACUUCCACAUCAACAGAGACUCUCAGCAGCACCACCACCACCACCACCACUACCACUACCAGCACCAGCACCAGCACCAGCACCAGCACCAGCACAGCACCGACGACAACAACUGUUACAACAACCAUCUCAACUCCUGGACCGUGUGACUGCAUCUGGACGGACUGGAUCGAUGUGACUUACCCAGACGGUUCUGACAGGAAUGGUGGUGACUACGAAACCUUUGAGAACAUUUGGAAGAAAUACCCCUCCUGGGAGUGUGCGAAAGUUGAGAAUAUUUCAUGCCGAGCAGAGAAAUUCCCUAGCCAAUCCAUUGCAGAUUUAGGGCAGAAAGUGGAAUGUAAUGUUAAUGUAGGGCUCAUCUGUAACAAUAAAGACCAGCAGAUAGGAGGUAUAAUACCGAUGCCAGUCUGCCUCAACUACGAGAUCAGUGUCUGCUGCACCCCCAACAAACCAGAGUGUCUUCCAACUCCAAGCACCACGAGCACCACAACUUCCACAGCUUCCCCCACAACGAGCAGUGUGUCCCCUCCAAUAUCAACCACCUCUCCAACACCAACACCAGUGGAGCCUUCCAGCCCUACCACCACCACCACCACCACCACCACCACGAUGCCUCCCAGCAGCACCACCACUAGCGGCAGCACCUCACAGACAACAACAACUGCUCCUGUCUCAACAACACCCGUUUCAACUACUUCAAGCACAUCCACGCCCACACCAACAUACACCACCACCACCACCACCACCACCACCACAUCUUCAGCCCCACCUCCACCCACACCGAGCACAACAUCCCCUACCACAGAAUUGCCCACCACGUCACCGGAGACUCCCAGCACCACCACCACCACCACUACCACCAGCCCUCCAAGCACAACAACAACAACAACAACAACAACGGUUACUGGAUCAACAACCACCAUCUCAACUCCUGGAAGCACACCUCCUCCCACACCAAGCACAGUGCCCACUACACCAGAAUCGACAACCCCUCCCUUGCCACCGGACACUACCACCACCACUGCCAGCACCACGAUGCCCCCCAGCACCACCACCAGCAUCAGCACUCCGAGCACGACAACUGUUACUGAAUCAUCAACACCCGCCUCAACUACUCCAAGCACAUCCACGCCCACACCAACAUACACCACGACCACACCAACUCCAGGUACAACCACAUCCACACUGAGCACACCAAAAUCAACAACCACUACCUCUCCAACAGAGACUCCCACCACCACCACCACCAGCAGCCCUCCAAGCACCACAACCACUGUUCCUGGAUCAACAACAACCAUCUCAACUCCUCAAACUCCACCGAGCACAGCUACUCCCACUCCAACAGCGUCUGAAACUCCCAUCAUCACUGCCAGCACCACGAUGCCCCCCAGCAGCACCACCAGCAUCAGCACCCCCAGGACGACAACAACAACUGUUACUGGCUCAUCAACAACCUUCUCCACUACUUCAAGCACAUCCACACCCACAGUGGAAUAUACGACCACCCUACCAACUCCAGUCACACCGAGCACAACAUCCCCUACAUCAGAAUGGACAACCACUUCCACAUCAACAGAGACUCUCAGCAGCACCACCACCACCACCACCACUACCACUACCAGCACCAGCACCAGCACCAGCACCAGCACCAGCACAGCACCGACGACAACAACUGUUACAACAACCAUCUCAACUCCUGGACCGUGUGACUGCAUCUGGACGGACUGGAUCGAUGUGACUUACCCAGACGGUUCUGACAGGAAUGGUGGUGACUACGAAACCUUUGAGAACAUUUGGAAGAAAUACCCCUCCUGGGAGUGUGCGAAAGUUGAGAAUAUUUCAUGCCGAGCAGAGAAAUUCCCUAGCCAAUCCAUUGCAGAUUUAGGGCAGAAAGUGGAAUGUAAUGUUAAUGUAGGGCUCAUCUGUAACAAUAAAGACCAGCAGAUAGGAGGUAUAAUACCGAUGCCAGUCUGCCUCAACUACGAGAUCAGUGUCUGCUGCACCCCCAACAAACCAGAGUGUCUUCCAACUCCAAGCACCACGAGCACCACAACUUCCACAGCUUCCCCCACAACGAGCAGUGUGUCCCCUCCAAUAUCAACCACCUCUCCAACACCAACACCAGUGGAGCCUUCCACCCCACCUCCACCCACACCGAGCACAACAUCCCCUACCACAGAAUUGCCCACCACGUCACCGGAGACUCCCAGCACCACCACCACCACCACCACCACCAGCUCUCCGAGCACCACCACAACUGGUACUGGUUCACCAACACCCACCUCAACUACUUCAAGCACAUCCUCUCCCACACCAACAUACACCACCACGUUAUCAACUCCAGGCACACCUCCAUCCACACUGAGCACACCAAAAUCAACAACCACUACCUCUCCGACGGAGACUCCCACCACCACCACCACCACCACCACCACCACCAGCCCUCCAAGCACCACAACCACUGUUCCUGGAUCAACAACAACCAUCUCAACUCCUGGAAGCACACCUCCAUCCACACCGAGCCCACCAAAAUCGACGACCACUACCUCUCCGACGGAGACUCCCACCACCACCAGCACCACCACCACCACUCCGACAACAACAACCACUGUUACUGGAUCAACAACGCCCACCUCAACUACUUCAAGCACAUCUUCACCAACACCAACAUACACCACCACCACACCAACUCCAGUCCCAUCUUCAUCCACACCGAGCACACCAAAAUCAACGACUCUGCCAACAGAGACUCCUACCACCACCAGCCCUCUGAGCACAACAACCACUGUUACUGGAUCAACAACGCCCACCUCAACUACUUCAAGCACAUCCUCACCGACACCAACAUACACCACCACCACAACUGCAGGCACACCUCCAUCCACAAUGAGCACACCAAAAUCGACAACCACUGCCUCUCCAACGGAGACUCCCACCACCACCACCGGCCCUCCAAGCACCACAACCACUGUUCCAAUUACCACCACAAUUACUGAAAUUAUUAACACCAGAACCCCGGUGUCAACCACUAAACCGGUUCCACCCACUGAAGCAAUAGAAACACCUGAACCAGAAACAACAACAACAACAAGCACUCCAGUUACUCCUUCAGUUACCCCACUGCCAACAACAAGAACGACAGAAAUAAGUACAGUGUCUACUACAAGCACCACUAGUCAACAGUCAACAUCACCAGUGUCAACAAGCCCAGUGACAACUACCACAUCUGAAGUCACUGAAACGGAAUCAACCCCCAAGACCACCACUUCAGGCCCCACACCCUCAAGAUCCACCAGCACCACACCAGUAACAGAAACACCUACCCAUGAGACCACUACCACCAGGAUUCCAACCCCUCCAAUAGGAUUUCCUACCUCCACUUCCACGACUGGCACCACCACAACCUCGGGACCAAGCAGCCCUACAGGAACACAACCACCAGUACCGACAACCCCAUUCACUGGAACAGAAUCUACUGCCAAGACCACCACUUCAGGCCCCACACCCUCAGUGUCCACUCCCCCCACCACCACAGCAGGAACAGAAACAAGUACCCCAAGGACAACCUCUGCAACUGUUACUACUCCAACAACAUCACCUACAUCAACCAGCCCUGUGUCAACCACAACCUCUGGUACUACUCCAACAGAAAGCUUUACCACCACUUCAGGAACCACCUUUAGUAGUUUAAUCACAUUCAAUGCAACAACCACCAUCUCCACAACCAUCAAAACCCUUCCUGUCUCAACUACUACAUCUGGGCCUACUACAACGUCAACUGCAGUCACCACUACAGGAAGUUCUACACACAGCACAACUCCUCCAGUUAAUGGCUCAAGUUCAACUACAGGUCUAACACCAACCACUCCCAAAAAAACAUGCACUAUUUUCCCUAAUGAAACUUAUGAGCAAGGUGACUCAUGGAUACUCUGUAACUGCACUAAGGUUAUAUGUAUAGAAGACAACAUUGUCCAGGUGAUUCCAAUAAUCUGCAAUCCACCCCCGAAACCCACCUGUGCCAAUGGACUGUCUCCUGUGCCAGUCAUGGAUGAGGAUGGAUGCUGUUGGCACUGGGAGUGUGAUUGCUACUGCACUGGCUGGGGAGAUCCACAUUACAUGACUUUUGAUGGACUGUACUACAGCUAUCAAGGAAAUUGUACAUAUGUCCUUGUGGAAGAGAUCAAUAAGAAAGUUGACAACUUUGGUGUCUACAUUGAUAACUACCAUUGUGAUGCACGGGAUGUAGUGUCCUGUCCUCGAACACUCAUUGUGAGACAUGAGACUCAGGAAGUGAGGCUAACAACAGCACAACCAAAUACUCUACAAGUAGAGGUGACAGUAAACAACCAGCUCGUGGCUUUGCCUUAUAAGAAGUUUGGUGUGAGCAUCUACGAGUCAGGCAUAAAUCGUGUUGUGGAAAUUCCUGAGCUGAAAAUGAAUGUGACCUACAAUGGCUUGUCCUUUUCCAUUAGAAUGCCCUACAGCCUGUUUGGCAACAAUACCCAGGGACAGUGUGGUACUUGCAAUAACAACACGGCAGAUGACUGCAUGCUGCCCAAUGGAAACAUUGCAGAAAACUGUGAAACCAUGGCAGAUCAUUGGCAAGUUGUUGAUCCUUCCAAACCACAGUGCUCUCCAGGCCUAGUUCCUACAGGUUCACCUAGCACAACACCAACACAGCCUUGCAAAGAAUCAUCCAUCUGCGAGCUUCUUUUGGGAAGUGUGUUCAAGCCAUGCCAUGCAUUUGUCCAGCCUGAGAAGUACUACGCAGCCUGUGUUUUUGAUAGCUGUGUACUUCCCAACCUAGACCUGGAAUGCUCAAGUCUGCAGAUCUAUGCUGCCACCUGUGCUGAUCAAGGCGCGUGCAUUGACUGGAGAAAACACACCAAUGGUGUAUGCUCUCAUGAAUGUCCUCCAGGUAAAGAAUACAGAGCAUGUGGUCCUAUUAAAGAGAUGACCUGCAAAUCAAGAGGACAGAAUGAGACAUCAACUAAACAAGUGGAAGGCUGUUUCUGUCCUAAUGGAACCAUGCUAUAUGACUCUGGUGUGGAUGUCUGUGUGAAAACCUGCGGCUGUGUCGGAGUGGAUAUGAUACCAAGAGAGUUUGGAGAAAAGUUUACAGUGGACUGUCAGGACUGUAUUUGCCUGGAAGGUGAACAUGGCAUUGUAUGUGAGCCUCAUGAAUGUGAUCAAAAGAAGGUCACUUGUGAUGGAGAAGGCUUCUAUGAAGUCACUGAAGUCAAUCCUAAAGACUCCUGCUGCCCUCUUUUCACUUGCAAAUGCAAUACAAGCUUGUGCACAGCUAAAGCCCCCAAGUGCUCACUGGGAUUUGAAGUUCAUUCUUAUAUUCCCAGUGGUCAGUGCUGUCCUGUAUACCAAUGUGUUCCCAAGGGCGUUUGCGUACACGAGAAUGCUGAGUUCUUGCCCAACUCCUCAGUCUUUGUUGACAAGUGUCAGAAUUGUGUCUGCACAAAUGAUGUUAACGUCAGCACUCAACUGAAUAUCAUCUCCUGUGAACGUGUGCCCUGCAACACAUACUGUCAACCAGGAUAUGAACUUAAACCAGUGAAAGGUGAAUGCUGUGGAAAAUGUGUGCAGACCAAGUGUAUUAUACACACAGCGGACAAUUCUGAGCUCAUCUUGAGUCCUGGGGACUUUAAAAAUGAUCCUCACAACAACUGCACCAUUUAUAGCUGCGUAGAUGUCCACGACCAGCUUAUCGCUUCCACAUCUGAGAUUACCUGUCCAGCAUUUAAUGAGGACAGCUGCAAACCUGGAACUAUUUCGUUCUUACCUAAUGGUUGCUGCAGAACAUGUGCCCCUCUGGACAGCAGCACACCAUGCUCUGUGCGCCAUAGAAAAGACUUUAUCGUCUUCAAUGGCUGCCGCUCCGUGGACAGAGUUGACUUGACUGAAUGUGAAGGAACAUGCGGAACCUUCUCGCUGUACUCUGCUGAGGCCAAUUCUAUGGACCACAGCUGCUCCUGCUGCAGAGAAACACACACCACUGAGAAGCACGUGGUUCUGAAAUGCCCUGGUGGUCACGCAGUGUCACACAAGUACAUCUAUGUGGAGAGCUGCAGCUGUCAAGACACUGAAUGCCAGAGGCCACUGUCCAAUGAGCAGCAGAACAAUAAAGAAAAUGAGAAGGCGAUCGCUCAGGAACGGAUCAAGAGAGCCAUCAGCUUAACAUCAAAAUGAAGGCAAAAAAUUCCCUCUGGCAUUAUUAACUAAAAGGACUGUAAAAUGGUCUUAGAUUCCUUGACUACUUUUGAACUUUAUUUUUCCCAGUAACUGCAUCCUGUUUGUUCUCUAAUUAAUUAACUGUGGCCUAUUUAUUUGUGCACAAAAUAAGAACACAAAUUUGUAUUCUUACAAGUGUACAACCUCUUGGGUUCUUCCAAAUCUUCUUAUUUUUCCCUGAAUGAU